AUGGAAACAGAAGCAAUACAAGAGGAUUUUGAGAAAAGACUAGCCGAAGAAGUUGGUCACUUAUCGACUAAACUUGUUACUGCGGUGAACAAACAGGUUGAAUUAGAAGAAACGGUUUUACAGCUACGUAAGCAACUACAUGCACUCAAUGAGAGAAACAAGGCUUUGAUCAAGAGCGAGGAAAGUUACAAGUUGAUUUUGCCUAAAUACAUAGAGCUUCAGGAUGAGUAUAAGGAGGUCAACAUCAAGAAACAGGUUGCUGAAACAGAAAAUAAGAAACUCAAGGGAGAAGUUGAAGAUUUAACAGCUUCCUUGUUCGACGAGGCCAAUACUAUGGUUUCUAAUGCCUCUAGAGAGACACACAACUUCAAGGUUAAAAAUAGAAAAUUGUACGAGGAGAUUGACGAGAAGAAUAUCAUAAUAAGCAAUUUGCAAGAACAGUUGCAGGAUUUGAAACAGAUGUUUUUAAAGAUUGAAGACCAACAGCGAUUGAUGCAACAUACCGCCACCACCGCUGUGAGUACUCCUCAAAACGAAGAAGACUCGCAAUUCGACAAGAGUGAAGGUGAAACUAUGGCAACGACAGAUGACAAUGACCAUAGCAACAAAUUCCAGUUGCAACAGAUAUUGGCUGAUACGUUGUAUUCACCACAGAUUAUGGCCAUGAGAUUUGAUUUGAAUAAUUUUAAUAAGGACUUUAAGGGUUUUGUAUAUACUUUGAUCAAGCCAGAUUUCCAACUAGACUUGACCCAUUUGAAGAACUUGAUAUAUUUUAAAAACAUAUGGCUGGAUGAAAUCGAAAAUGCAAUGACUUAUAUUCCUUCAUUGCCACAAACUACUAUUUUGAAUCGAUGGCAAAAGAGCAAAAUUUUCUGGGGGUGCUUGAUUGAUGGAAGGGUAUCCAUCGAACCUAUUAAGGGAUUUCAUGAACAUUUAAAGACGAAUGGGAAUAACAAAGUGAGCGAUGAUUUGUUAUCCAUCGCUAUACGAGAACCAUGCAGUUUCUGUGGGGAAUUUAGAAGUGAGAAUUACAGCCAUUGCCGAUUGCAUUAUUAUAAGAUGUAUGAAAUUGACGAAGGUAUAGUUGCUUCGUAUCCUCUAUGCAACUUUUGUGUGAUCAAGUUGAGGAAUUUAUGUGAUUUUUUUGCCAAGGUGAGGUUAAUAAAGUCUAAUAUUUUCAAGUUGCAGCAAAACAAUGCUUUUGAGGAAUAUGCACAUGUACCAACGGCGACCUCAAAUUUUUACAAGAGGUCCAAUUCAAGCCUGCACACUAUGACAACAAAUGUAUUAUCUAUGACUUCAACGUCUACUACUGCUUCUGUAACAACAAAUGUUUCUAAUACCGCUUCUGCGCAGCCACCACCUCCUGCUAGUGAUUUUAUUAAUGGUCAUGUGCAUGGAAUUGAGUUGGACGAAAAUGAGGAAUCCAAACUAAUUAAAAUAUAUCUUAUGUUAACACUUAUAAGGUUGAAAAUAUUCUGGAGUAAAUUGGGUAUAUGGGAUAAUAUUGACCAAAUCAACGAAAUCAAUUUGGAUGGAAUCAACUAUGAAAUUUUUAUACACUUGUUACCUGAUUCUAAGAGGAAAAAAGUCCACCAUAGUGUCCCCACCACUCCACGACAAUUUGAGAGACAGCGAACAGUGGGUGACGUAGCAAGGAGUAAUGAACGUUCACCACAUAAAGUUGAGAGUAAUAAGGAUUCAUUUAGUGCUACUGAGGAAUAUAGCAAAACAUCUCAAGAAGAAGAAGAAGAAGAACGACAACAAAAGGGCAAGAAAAGUGUAGUUGAAAAUGACGUAUCGAAACCAAGUACAGAAACCAGAGUGUCUCUGUUGUCAAGACCCAAAAAUGUACAAGACAGAAUCAAUUCCCUUAAUGCUCAGGCGAAUCAGAAACCAGUUCAACCUACAAUCAGUAGCGAUACUACAAGAAUUGUUGGCACUGCAAAUACACCUAAUGCUAGACGUGGCGCUGAUUCUGUACCACAGCCAAGAAACAAAGUUGAGGUACCAAUAAUAACGGCCAUUGAUGAUAAUGGACAAACUGAGGAGUCUCUGGAUGCGUCUGCUCAAAGUUCAAGUACGGAAUGCUCAAAAAAAGGUAAGCAGGGACAAAAUAAGAAGAAUGGAGGUGGCACAGAUGUCUCCAGUGAAUUGACAAGAGCCAAAUCUAAAAGUAAACUGUUUAAGGAAAAAAUGGACAAGGAUUUAAAUGAGACAUUGGAGAUGUUAGCAGAGAAUUUAGAGAGUUCGAAUGUAAUCUGA